UUCCAGUCAAACUUUGUUAUAGUGAAAACAAGUGUACUGUGUAUGUGUAAAUUCUAUUUUCUUCAAGGUAGAGAGUCAGACCUGGUUCAUGACAAGUUUCUCCUUGUACAAUGGAAACCAUUAGAAACACUGCUCACUUCCUCUCUCAUGCUUCUAGUAACUAGAUUUCAGCAUGAUUGCCCCAUCAUGAAAUGGGUUACUGUUGGCUUUCAAUAUAGCUGUAACAGAGCUACAUUUAUGUACAAAUUGAUACUAAGUAAAAAAAAAUAUAAAUUAAAAAAUAUAAUAAAUGUCAUAGACCAACAUGUAGUUAUUUCAAACUUCUGUAAAUCAUCCAAAUUGAGCUGGUAUCAUGAAGUUUCCAUUAAGGAAGCUUUACUGUUCUCUAAUAGACCUAGUAUAAGAUAAAUUAUAGUGAAUAAAAGUGCUAAUCUUUUAGAUAGGCAAGGAAUAGUCAUUUAGAAACAGAAGUUAUUUCACCAGUUCAGUGCAAUUAAUUAGGCCAAAGAGGUUUCUAAAAUGUUACUGUUAGUUAUGUUAGUAAUGCUACUGCUACUGUAAAGUCGAUUUAAAAAAAAAAAGGACAAUAAUUAAAACUUUAAAUGUGAAAUUUAAAAUGUAAUACAAUAAACAUACUAAAAAAAAAAGCAUACGGUCUUUGGACAAAGGUAAGUUUACUCGCUGUGUAGAAACUAGACCUUUAUAUAUUUUAGUAUAGAUUGAUAUAUACAUAGAUCUAAUAUUUUAUUAGAUACGGAUCAAGCUUCUUAUCAGAAAUAUAAUUUUAGCAAAAUCAUUAUUUUUUAAUUUGCUAAGUUGUGCUAAUGAAAUUUACGAGUUGGCAGCUUUGACCUAGAUUAGUUGAACAUAAUAAUACUAUACGUAAGAUCUGUUAUUUGAUGUUAUAUUAAUUUUGGAUUCAUCAUUAGAAUAACUAAGAAUACAUCUAGAUCUAUUGGAUCCAUUUCAUGUCGGUGGAUUUUUAUAAGUUGAAAUAAGACCAUUAAAGAUUUAACUAGACUAGAUCGUGAUAGAUGAUCUUAUUUUAGAACAUAUCGUCAUAUCUACACUAGAACUAUUCAAUCUACGUCAGUCUAGAGUCUAGUGAAGUCUAGUGUGAGAGUGGACAUGCCCCCUUAAUUGGCUUAUAUUGCCUUAUAAUAAUAUUAUAUUUAUAGUUAUACUUUAUUAUAAUAUACUAGACUCUAUUACUAUAUCUAGAUAUCUAGUCAGUCUAGUCUUAGCAAGUUUUGCUCUAUCAGUGUUUAGAUCUAGAUCUAGUAUAUGUUACAAUAUGAAUAUGUAUUUUGACUUUGUUUUUUUUUAAUUUUUAUAUUGGGACUGUUAAUUUAACAUUUAUUUAAAAAAGAAAACAAUUAUAUAUAAGAAUAUAAUAAUCUAGACGAUCUAGUUAUAAAUUAUAAAUUCUAGUAGAUCUAGAUCAAACUCUAAUCUAGAUCGGCUAGGCUAACUAUAGGCUAGAGCAGUGAUUACCAAAGUGGUCUAUAAUGUCUAUAUUAUAAUAUAGAUCUAAUAUUUAAAUAUAUAUAGACCCCCAGCCCAAGGGUCUACAAAAUUGAAAAAAUAAUUAUUAUAGAGGUCUAUGAGAUGCCCACUGGGGUCUAUGAUAAUAGAUUUUCAUUUAAGCAGGUCGUGACUUUAAUUUUUAAUCUCAUUAAUAUAAUUCUUUCAUACACUAAUAUAUGAUUUACACCUUAGUUAAUUCUUUUAAUAUUUAUCCUGCUAUUCAAACGAAAAAUUGUAUUUAAUUUCAAUACUUAUUUAAAUAGCUUAAUUUUGUCUGAAAACCACAUACUUGAAUGUCCUAAUCAACCUUAAGCAGACCCUACUACCACUACAGCCCAACAUAACCAACACUCUGUACAGCAGUACUGAACAACUGAAGAAAACACACUAUUUUUCCUGGGCACAGUCUGAAAAAGAGCUCACAGCUCAGCAGCAAAAAGCUGGCUAGAAGAAGAGGAAGAAUUCUUUCAUACACUAAUAUACGAUUGACACUUUUGUUAAUUCUUUAAAUAUUUAUCCUGCUAUUCAAAUGAAAAAUUGUUGUAUUUAAUUUCAAUACUUAUUUAAAUAGCUUAAUUUUGUCUACUUUUAACUAAUGUUUAACAAAACUAAAUGUAGACUGUACAGCGUUGAUUAUUUAAAAUUGGGAUUCAUUCCUUUCUUGUCAAAAAGUGCCUUUUUUAAGAUGAUAUGAAACCAAUUACGCUGGAGGAUCAUCUGAGACAAUGCCACCCUGAUAAAAUAGAUAAAGGUUUGAAAAACAUUCGAACACCCAAAGAUAAAGUUCAGAAUAGACCCACAUUAAAAUAUCCCUUCCACAUAAUAUAAAGAGGAUGAUGGUUUGUGAGCCUCUUAAAAUAUCUUUUUACUUAAAGCAAAAUAUUGCAUAGGUCAAACAUUGAUUCUACCAGCCAUUUUACACAAACCUACAUCUGAUAUUAUUAAAAGAAUUUUUUAAAGCAACAAUACAUUUAAAGGUCACAUUGAGUUAUAAAAUUAAAAGCUAUAUAUUCAAUUUGGGAUCAACUGCAUCACAGGUCUGACAAGGUGUAGCGCUGUGUGCUAUAAACUGCCUAAUUGUCACUGUCUCCUUAUUUUUCCUCAGGGUUGACCCAUGAAACCCUCCCCAUGUUUGGGUUUUCCUGCAAGGCAGCAGAGGUUUGAGUUCUGUUUUCAUUCUGCUAGGUGGGUAGCAAGCCAAUGCUAAUGAGUCCAUCCUGCUCAAAGCUUACUGAUUUCGCCACCAUGGGGUCACUGUUUAGGUCUGAAGAAAUGCAAUAUUGCCAGAUGUUUCUGCAGACAGAAGCUGCCUACCAGUGUGUCUCAGAGCUAGGAGAACUUGGAUUAGUUCAGUUUAAAGAUCUGAAUACUAAUGUGAACUCUUUCCAAAGAACAUUUGUAAAUGAGAUUCGCAGAUGUGAGGAAAUGGAAAGAAAGCUUCGAUACACAGAAAAGGAGAUUCUAAAGGAAGGUUUAACAAUACCUGACUAUCAAGAAAAUCCACCAGCUCCUGUUCCAAAAGAAAUCAAUGAUCUUGAGGUUGAGUUUGAGAAAAUGGACACAGAGUUACGUCAAGUGAAUACAAACUAUGAUGCAUUAAAUCAAAACUUAGUAGAGCUGACUGAGAUCAGAGAAGUCAUCCACAAAACUCAAGAUUAUUUUCUAUUGUAUGGGCAAGAUUUUCAAUACAUGAUUAGAGAAGAAACAGGUGUACUGCAUGAAGAAGCAGUCAUCGGCAGACAACAACAGCCAGCACUUGGAUUUUUAGUUGGCACAGUGUUGAGGGAUAAAGUUCCCGUCUUUGAGCGUGUUAUGAAAUUCAUAACUCAUGGUAUGGUUUUCAUGAGAACUGAGGAGAUAGAGCGUAUUUUGAAAGAUCCUAUUACAGGGGAUGAGCUGCACAAAUGUAUGUUUAUUGUUUUCUACCAAGGAGAUCAACUCAAAAACAAAGUGAAAAAAGUUUGUGAUGGCAUGAGAGCCACAAUCUACCCUGUACCAGAUUCUCCAGAGGAAAGAAACUCAAUGUUAAGAGGAGUUAACUCACGUAUCAGUGAUUUAGAAAUUGUGUUGACUCAAAGCAAUGAACAUCGUCAGCGGGUGUUAAAAGUUGCACACAGAGAGAUUAGGUCAUGGACCAUCAAGGUUGAGAAAAUCAAGGCCAUCUACCACACCCUGAACAUGUUCAAAGUUCACCAAAACAGUCUCCUUGCUGAAUGUUGGUUUCCAGCCAAAGCAAUUGAUGAUAUCAGGAGAGCUCUGACCACUGGAGAAAAAGUCAGCAAUAGCACCAUCCCAACUGUCAUCCAGCCCAUGCUUACCAGUGAGUCUCCUCCAUCUUACUACAAGUGCAACAAAUUUGUUAAAGGUUUUCAGAGUGUUGUUGAUGCUUAUGGCAUGUCUACUUAUGGGGAGGUUAAUCCAGCUCCUUACACUUGUAUUACCUUCCCAUUUCUGUUUGCUGUCAUGUUUGGUGAUGCUGGACAUGGUUUGAUCAUGUUCUUGUUUGGUCUCUUUCUAAUCCUGAAGGAGAAAUCCAUUGGAUCUAAAAGAAUUACUAAUGAGAUUGCUAACACAUUCUUUGGUGGCAGAUAUAUUAUUAUGAUGAUGGGGGCCUUCUCUAUCUACACAGGAAUAAUCUACAAUGACUUCUUCUCCAAAUCUGUCAACAUUUUUGGAUCACAGUGGCAUCCAGUUAUUAAGGAUAAUGAAUGGCAUGCUGAUAAAAUACAACUGAAUCCUAUCACUGCCCACUACAACGUUACUGCAUAUCCCAUUGGCGUUGACCCAAUUUGGCAACCAGCAUUGAACAAGAUUUUAUUCUCUAACUCUCUCAAAAUGAAAAUGGCCAUUAUCCUUGGCGUUACUCACAUGCUCUUUGGCAUUUGCUUGCAGAUUUUCAACCACAUACAUUUUAAAAGCUACAUUGAUAUUGUGAUUCGAUUCAUUCCUGAGUUUCUUUUCUUGGCCUGCCUUUUUGGAUACCUGGUGUCUCAAGUAAUUUACAAGUGGCUUUGGUUUGAUGCAACAGAAUCACAUUGUGCACCAGCUUUGUUGAUUCAUUUCAUCAAUAUGUUUAUGUUUAAGUAUAGUAGCUCAGACACUGCUAAAGAGAAAUGUGAUCCUAACUGGAUGUAUUACAGGGGCCAGAACAUUGUGCAAAUUAUGAUGUUUUUUAUUGCCAUUUUGUCUGUUCCUGUGUUACUUGUAGCCAAACCUGUUUAUAUCAUUUGCAAGAGGAAAUCAAUCAGGAAAACAGUUACAGAUCAUGAAUCUCUAAUCAGCAAUGAAAUACCACCAGCGAAUGAAGAUGCAAAGUUUCCUAGUGGAAGUACUACAGAAGAUAGGGACUUGCAACACAGGAGCCAUCAUACAGUAGAGCACAGCAUAGGGGAGAUAAUCAUCCAUCAGACUAUACACACCAUUGAGUUCUGUUUAGGCUGUAUUUCCCAUACUGCCUCUUACCUUCGACUCUGGGCAUUGUCUCUUGCUCAUGCUCAGCUCUCAGAAGUACUCUGGACAAUGGUCCUGCGACUAGCAUUGACCAUGGCAGGAAGAUAUGUUGGAGCACCCAUCAUCUUCGUGAUUUUCUUUCUGUGGGCUAACCUGACAGUGGCCAUCCUAUUGCUUAUGGAAGGCCUUAGUGCUUUCCUCCACACUCUUCGAUUGCAUUGGGUCGAGUUCAAUUCUAAAUUCUACAUGGGUGAAGGUUAUGCCUUUACACCUUUCAACUUCAAUCAUAUCCUGAAUAUGCGAUCAAUUGAUGAAAUAUCUUAAAUGUUUUUUUCUCAUGUUAUGCCAUUAACAUCCUCUCCUUAAUUUGAUACUGUUUGAAAAAUGUAUUAUAACCAAACAAAACAAAAUGUAAACAUUUUAGACUUGACUGUGUACUUUUUUAAUUCUUUGUGUUAUUUUCACCCUUGUUUCCUAAUGUCUCUUUUAAAAAUGUAUUUUUAAAAAGUGUAACUUCAACAAGAGAGUGAUAAAAAAUGUUUUAAUAGAUUUCUAUUUCUCUUGGCUGUAAUGCUUUGAUUAUUUUAAAAGUUAACUUAUUACUUGUAUUACUUAUUAUUAUGGAAACCUUUUUGGAGUAGCAAACUCUUACUUUGCUACAUCAGCUUCUAAAAGAAUACCCAGAUUUAGCUGUUCAUGAACACAGGAAUUGUUCAAAAGUUAGUUUCUAGAGCUACUAUAUAUAGUGUUUUACAAAGACUUUAUUCUAAGUAUGCCAGUUAUCUUAUUAUUACUGCUACAUAGUUUCAUUUAAAGUGUCAUUUUCUAUAUUGCUUCACAAGUUAAAACUGCUGUUGCAGAAACUCUUGAUUUUUCCUCCAAGUUGACUUCUGAACUCUUUCCCAUGUUCAGGUCAGCAAUGUUUGAAUUUAUAGUUUUCCUUCUAGGUGAGUAGCCUUCAAAGUCUAAGGAGUCCCUACUGCCCAAAGCUUAUUGGUUUAGGUGCAAGUUGCUUGCCAGCAGUCACAGAUUUUAUAGUCUACAAGAAGUCUAUAGAUUAAAAUUCUCUACACAAGGCUUAUCUCCCCUUAGCUAAGUACAUUUUCCAUAUAUAACAAAAACAACAACACUUGAUUAAAUUAUUGGUUAAUUCUUAGAUUAAUUCAAGUUUUGUCAUCACCAAGGAAUAUUUGUGCAAAGUUUGAACUUGAUCCAAAAAUGGAAAGUAGGAGAAAUAAUGUGUAAAACAUUCUCCCCAGACAGAAAUAAUGUGUAAACAUUCUCCCCAGACAGAAGGAGUGAACUCAUAAGAUUUGUAAUAAUUGGGCAAAUUUCUGAAAAAUAAAACAACACUGAAUUCAGGCUAUAGAAGGCAUACUAUUCUAGGAGCUGCCUCUUACAGGAAUAUUUUCUAAUUUCUUGGGGAACUGGCUGGUCUGCCUUUUCCUUUCAGACUCUUAGUUUCUUCUAUUCUAAACAAAACAAGAGGAAGUUCACAACAACCUUAUAACAUAAAAAAUGCCUUUGGAUUUAUUUUCUGAAAGAGGUUCAGGUUAAAAGACAUCUUAAAAUGUAAUAAUUUUAUUUUAAUAAAACUUUUAUCAAAAUACUCCAUCUGUCUGUCUGGUACAAAUGUUUUACACAUUAUUUCUCCUGCUUCCCAUUCUCAGAUCAAGCUGAAACUCUGUGCAAUUAGUUAUUGUCUUAAAUCAAUUAAAGAAAAAACUAAAUUAAUUAACUUUGGUAUAAAAAAUACAGUAUUAACAGAUAUGCAGUUGUCUUUUCAUUAUAUAAACCUGAUUUUUUAAUAAAGGUAUUUUUAAUUUA